ACAGUGAAUCCACAGCGCUUUUACGCAAAGAAGAAUGCUACAAAAAUGUCUACUUUGAUUUCAUUAUAAAGUACAUACAUACAACCAAAACUACUAACUACAAAAUUAGAAAAUGAUUUAGUGGCUAUAGAUAUUUUUUGGCUUUAGAUAUUUUCUAUACUUGUAUACAAGUAUAGAAAAUAUCUAAAGCCAAAAAAUUCAUUUUUGAACUUUAUUCAAUUUUAAAAUUCAAAAAUAUCGGAUUAAAAUGGAAAUUUUUUUUUUUCUAAUUUCAAUCAAAAGUUAGGCUAAUCUAUUAUCCUACAUUAGUAAUAAUCUAACUUAUGGCCUGAUGAUCCGUUCUUUGUAUAAAUCUAUUACAGCAAUGUCCCUUGGAAGGGACGGCCGGGUGUAAAGGGUUAAAAUUUCAUAUUCAGAAUCAGCGUCAAAAACUCAGUCGUACAUUUUCUGCUUUUUUAUGCCAUCGGAGUACUUCCGUCUUUUUUAAUUUUCACAUCGUAAAAUUACUACGACUUUUACUAAAAAAUGAAGAUCAACGAAAACUUUUGAAACAUGCAUCGUUCGACUCAGUUUUCGACGCUGAUCCCGAAUAUGAUACAUAUCAACUGAGAGAGAAAAUUUAGAAACAAGUUCGGCGAAAACGGACUGCAUAUUUGGAUUCUCCGUAGUCGAUUACCUUGUACAGUACAUGUUUUGAGACGGGGUACUCUAGAAUUCCACCGAGAUUUUGUAUAAAAAAACAAGUGGAAAAAAAAAUAAUCUAAACAGGACUUGCGAACAUGUGAUAUAUAAUAUAUUCUUCUCAUGCUUAGCCUACUAAGCUACGAACAGAGUGCUAAUUAGACGGUUGUAGUUCGUUCUUAUUUUGUCAUGACAUAAGAAAAAAUAGUUAUAAAGAAGUUUACGUCGUUCAAGUCAGCAUGAUGCUGAUAGUUAUUUAUGGAAAUUCAAUGACGAUUUUCUAGAUUGUUGAAAAUUCGAUUUUCUAUAAACUGGAAAAUCCUCGAGGAAUUUCUAUAGGUGCUCUUUGAAAUUUGCCGUGCAUUUUCCAUAAAUAAUUUCCAACCUUACAGUGUAUCUUGAUAAACGGGCUAUUAAACCAGUCAAAAUUUCUCCUGAAAAUUCACAGUAUAUGAUAAUCGUAUCACUUUGGAGAGAAAGAAAGUAAAAAGAAUGCCGAAAGAAGUUUCUUCAUUGAAUAUCAAAUCUAGUGAUUAAUGCAGAAAAUUUUAAGUAUGUUUUUCGAAAAAAAUGGCACUAAAGAAUAUUCUUCAAUAUACUGCAUAUCUCCGGAAUUCAAAGUGUUAUCCUGAAAGCUUGCCAAAAUGCUAUUUCUCUUUUUGUGUCGAAGAAAAAGCUUCAUCCUCCAAGAGUUUUGCCUGUGUAUAUUCCCUCGAAUUCUAUAUCACCUGUUAUUAAUGCAUACCCGUAACAUUCGAAUGUCCGUCAUUUGAUAUCUCAUCAAAUAUUAUGCAAUAUCUAUCACUAUCAGUGCAUGUUUCGGAAAAAAUUUGUUUUGAAUACAACAUUUCUACUGGUUUGAUUUCUGAAGCAAAUGUAGAUUAUAUGCUCCCGUUUUUUAAACAUUGCUUAUCAACUACAGUCAGACCUUUAAAUUUACAAAAAAUUUGUGAUCAAAUAGCUGAAUUUGUUUUCUUGAACCUGAACUUCUUUGUCAGCGUACGUGAAUUAAAACACGAGUUAAGUCUGAAGAUAUGUCAUAUCGUUCAAACAGCAAAGAAAAAAGCAGCCGGAAAAAGUGCUAUUAGAGUUUUGAGUGCAACAAACUCUUUCAAAUUCUUCUUGAAAUCAGUACUUUGGCUGACAGAACGUGAACGCUUAAACGACUUUCAAGCCUUCGAUUCGACAAGUAAACUUUUACUCAUUCGUGAUUUCGGAGACCUUGAUCAAACACCCGAUGUUAUAUGUUUUGAAGCGAGUACAAAUUCUGUACGAUCGACUUACAGUUAUUUAUUCGUCCAGAAAGUGUUGGAAGUAUAUGAAAUGAUAGGCACAGUUUGUAUUGAUGAAAUGACAAGUAUUAUCGAUCAGUACUUUUCGGGUUCAAAACUUAGUUUUGAAACAGUCUCAGUAGUACAAUCGCUGAAAGCAGAUUUCUUACAGUAUAGGAAAAGUAUCGAUUGUGUGAAAUAUUUAAUGAUUCAGAUUCCAUCAAGAAAUAAUGCGGCCAUUGCAUCAUCAAUUGAUGCUCAUGAUAUUAUGGUUUCUCCUAGUGAUGGGCCGUCGUGUAGUCGUUAG